GCAUUCUGGGAACUGUCAUGGUGACUCGCGCGAGCCCUCUAAAACGUUUCGGUGCUUCUCUGACUUUUUAUUGACUUUUCGGGGGUAAUUUUGAGAAUAUAAUUGACUAGUUCCCGAAACCUUUGCUUGGCAAAAUGGCUUCCACGGCGGCUGGCAAGCAGCGAAUACCGAAGGUGGCAAAGGUGAAGAACAAAGCUCCGGCGGAGGUUCAGAUCACCGCCGAGCAGCUCCUGAGGGAAGCCAAAGAACGAGAAUUGGAACUUCUCCCGCCGCCGCCGAAACAAAAGAUCACCGACAAGGAAGAGCUCAACGACUACAAGCUAAGGAAGAGGAAGGCAUUCGAGGACAACAUUCGAAAGAACCGUACUGUCAUCAGUAACUGGAUCAAAUACGCGCAAUGGGAGGAAAGCCUGACGGAGGUCCAGAGGGCUCGCUCCAUUUACGAGCGGGCGCUCGACGUGGACCACCGCAACGUGACCCUGUGGCUGAAGUACGCCGAGAUGGAGAUGAAGAGUCGGCAGGUGAACCACGCGCGCAACAUCUGGGAUCGAGCCAUCACCAUCCUCCCCCGCGUCAACCAGUUCUGGUACAAGUACACCUACAUGGAGGAGAUGCUGGGCAACGUGGCGGGCUGCAGGCAGGCCUUUGAGCGCUGGAUGGAGUGGGAGCCAGAGGAGCAGGCCUGGCACUCCUUCAUCAACUUUGAGCUGCGCUACAAAGAGGUGGACAAAGCCCGCAGCAUCUACGAGCGAUUCGUCAUGGUUCACCCCGAGGUGAAGAACUGGAUCAAGUACGCUCGCUUUGAAGAGAAGCACGGCUACAUCGCUCACAGCAGAAAGGUGUACGAGCGCGCCGUGGAGUUCUUUGGCGAGGAGCACGUGGAUGAGCACCUCUUUGUUGCCUUCGCCAAGUUUGAGGAGAUCCAGAAGGAGUUUGAGCGUGUGCGCGUGAUCUACAAGUACGCCUUGGACCGAAUCCCCAAGCAUCAGGCCCAGGAGCUCUUCAAGAACUACACCAUGUUUGAGAAGAAAUUCGGAGACCGGCGGGGCAUCGAGGACGUCAUCGUCAACAAAAGAAGGUUCCAGUACGAGGAGGAAGUCAAGGCCAACCCGCACAACUACGACGCCUGGUUCGAUUAUCUGCGGCUGGUGGAGAGCGACGCCGACCCCGACACGGUGCGAGAGGUUUACGAGCGCGCCAUCGCUAACGUGCCGCCCAUCCAGGAAAAGCGCCACUGGAGGCGCUACAUCUACUUGUGGAUCAACUACGCCCUCUACGAAGAACUGGAGGUCAUGGACGAGGAGAGGACAAGGCAGGUGUAUCAAGCCUGUUUGGAUCUGAUCCCUCACAAAAAGUUCACAUUCGCAAAGAUCUGGCUGCUCUACGGUCAGUUUGAGAUCAGGCAAAAGAACCUGCAGGCCGCCAGGAAGGUCAUGGUAAGACCCGUACGUGAUCUAGCGUCGCAUCGCCGUGGUAACUUUGGGACUCGACAGGGCACGGCCAUCGGCAAAUGUCCGAAGAACAAACUGCUGAAGGGCUACAUCGAGCUGGAGCUUCAGCUGCGCGAGUUCGACCGUUGCCGGAAGCUGUACGAGAAAUACCUGGAGUUCACGCCGGAGAACUGCAGCACCUGGAAUAAGUUUGCAGAGCUGGAGACCAUCCUGGGCGACGUGGAGCGGGCCCGCGCCAUCUUCGAGCUUGCCAUAGGCCAGCCGCGGCUGGACAUGCCUGAGGUUUUGUGGAAGUCCUACAUCGACUUUGAGAUCGAGCAGGAGGAGUUUGGGAACACGAGGAACCUUUACAGAAGGCUGCUGCAGCGUACCCAGCACGUCAAGGUUUGGAUCAGCUACGCCAAGUUCGAGCUGUCGCUGGAAGGCGACGAGCGGGCACGCAGGUGCCGGCAAAUCUUCGAGGAGGCCAACAAGGGCUUGAGGAACUGCGAGGACAAGGAGGAGCGACUCGCGCUGCUCGACGCCUGGAAGGAUUUUGAGGCCGAGUUCGGUUCCGACGGCGACAGGGAGCGCGUUGCCAAGCUGCUGCCCGAGAAGGUCAAGAAGAGGAGGAAGCUCACCGCCCAAGACGGGUCGGACGCGGGCUGGGAAGAGUACUACGACUACAUUUUCCCCGAAGACGCCGCCAACCAGCCUAACCUCAAACUGCUGGCCAUGGCCAAGAUGUGGAAGAAGCAGCAGCAGCAGCAAGCGGCUGACGACGACGACGACCAGAACCUUCGGGAAAAGGCUUUGAGGAACGAGGAGACCUCCGCCUCGGAGAACAGCGAGGCUAGCAAAGUUACACAGGAGGAGAACGCCUUUGACGACAGAGACGACAGUAGUAGCAGUAGCGAAGAGGAGGAGGGGGACAAAGAGAAGGAUGGUGACAAAAAGGAGAAGACAAGCGAUGAGCAGCAAGAUUAAGUCUUUUUUCCUCCUACUGUUGUCUGAUAACCUCACUUUUUUUUUUACAAUAGUUUAUUGAGAAUGUACAGCAAUUAAAGACCAUUUGAAGCUUU